AUGGCAGCCCCAGUCCUGCCCCCAGCGCAGGUCAAGCUGCCUGCGCUGCCCGCAUCACCACUGAGCCCCGAGCAGCUCCACUGGAAGACAUUCAAGAACCCUCUCCUCAUCCCCUCGCCUGCAAAUGGCCCAGUCAAUCUCAUCACGCAACCCUCAGCGCCUUCCUCCGCCUCCGCAUUUCCCUCCCUCACACAGCCUCCCGACAUCUUCACAGUCACGACCGGCGCCCGCGUCCAGAUCUACUCCAUUCGCACGAGAAAACUCCUCCGAUCAAUCACACGGUUCGAUGACACGGUCCGAGGAACAGAUGUCCGCCCGGAUGGCAGGAUUGUCGUCGCCGGUGAUGAUACCGGUACGGUACAGGUGUUUGACGUGGGCUCGCGAGCCAUCUUGAAGACGUGGAAGGAUCACAAGCAACCCGUUUGGGUGACCAAGUUUUCGCCCGGUGACCCGACGUGCGUUAUGUCUGCGAGCGACGACCGGACUGUGAGGUUGUGGGACCUCCCUAGUGAGAACAGUAUCAAGACGUUUGUUGGUCACUCCGACUAUGUGCGCACUGCCGCCUUCAUGCCCGGCUCGCUUGCCUCCUCGGGGUCGAUGGUUUCCGGUAGUUACGACAGGACGGUCCGCUUAUGGGAUCCUCGUGUCGAGGGACGAUCAGCCAUGACGUUCAAGAUGGGCGCCGCGAUCGAAGACGUUCUUCCCAUGCCGACGGGAACCACGGUGCUUGCGGCCGCGGAUAACAAGAUUGCUGUGUUGGAUAUCAUGGCCGGAAAGCCGCUGCACUUGAUUCAGAGCUACCAGAAGACGGUCACGUCGCUGUCUUUAGCAGAGGAUGGCCAGCGCUUGCUCAGUGGUGCUCUCGAUGGCCACUUGAAGAUCCACGAAACGACUGGAUGGAACGUUGUCGCUGGCUUCAAAUACCAGUCGCCUAUUCUAUCGCUUUGCGCUAUCACUUCUGGAGCUGCGCGGGAGGACAAGCACAUCGCUGUUGGUAUGCAGUCUGGUUUACUAUCUAUCAAGACCCGCCUCUCCGGCGAGCAAAAGGCACGCGAGCGCGAGCGCAAGAAGGAGAUGGAGGCCUUGAUAGAAGGUAAGAUUGAAGAACACGACAAGAAGAUGGCCAAGUUAAAGAAGAAGCGUCAGGGUACUGCCUGGGAGCGUCGGUGGCGCGGACUCGACUUUGUCGGCGAGGGCGUGGACAUUGUCAUUGAUGGCAACGAGGCCAGGAAGCGCAAGAAAGAGAAGGGCUGGGAACUUGACCUCCGGAAAGGUCGCUACGCCGCUGCUCUUGACCAGGUCCUUGGCAAGCCAGACAAAAUUGCGCAGCUCACACUAUUCACGGAACUGCGACAUCGCUCGGCGCUUCGUGCGGCCUUACAAGGGAGAGACGAGGUGACGCUCCAGCCUGUGCUGCAGUGGGUUUACAAGCACAUCACGGAGCCACGAUUGGUAGGACUGAGCGUGGAGGUUGCGAUGAACGUGUUGGACAUCUACUCAGGAAACCUGGGACAAUCCGAGCAGAUUGACAAGAUGGUGGAGCGACUGCACUGGCGUGUGCGCGACGAAGUGGACUUCGCGCAUCAAGCAUUUGAGACGAGGGGGAUGUUAGACAUGCUGCGCGCAUAG